GAAAAUUUUGAUUUUUCAAUUACUUUUAUAUCUAAUACAGAUUCGAUCUUUAGGUUUUGAUUAGUUUUCUUGAUACCUCGUAUCCGUCUCGGGAAUCCCUGUUCUUCUGAAUUUUCCUCGUCGCCUGCUUCUACAGCAGAACCCAGAAGAAAUUUCAUCAGUUCAAUGAAAUGGGCGUCGGAUGCCAAGGAAUCGCCGGCGAAACAAUUCUGGUCUCUCUGCGACAACAAGGGACGAAGCUACAAAAGCAGCAGACUGAACUGUUGUUAUCAUCAAGUUGCUUUGAUUUGGAAAGAAACGAUUGCUUACGCGCACAUUCUGGGAAUGUCAAUGUCAUUACUGAGGAGGUUGGACCUCCCCGAGAUGAGAUUUGGCUUGUGCUUUAUCGGGAAUGAGAUAGGGGAUCUCGGCACAGGAUGCAGGUUAUUUAUCGUGGGUUAAGGUUUGAUGUUUCAGAUGAGGCCUGAGCUUUCGGGAUAAAUAGAUCCAGAAGAACUCAGGGGAACGAGCCUGACUUUGUACUGUUUCUUGACGGGGAAUUUGUGAAGAAGCCAAAGGAUGUAGAAAGUGAAGGACAUAGCUUUCAUCAAGGAUCACCAUGGCUUCUGGAUCCAGAUCUUCUGAAAACAACCAUGAAUGCAGCUCGAGAACUUCCCAUUCUGCCCUCACAAAACCCGAUCCUCUUCCCAUUUUACCCAUCCCUUCCUUCCAGCAGCUCCAAUGGCAGCUCGGAUCCAUGGCGAUGUUCCUCCACUUCGGACCCAACACGUUCACCGACUCCGAAUGGGGCUCCGGCAAGACUGACCCGUCUGUUUUCAACCCGACCCGAUUCAACGCCACUCAGUGGGUCCGAGUCGCCAAGGACUCCGGCUUCUCUCGCGUCAUCCUCACCGCCAAGCACCACGACGGAUUCUGUCUCUGGCCCUCCGACUUCACCGACUAUUCCGUCAGAUCGAGCCCCUGGAGACACGGCCACGGCGACGUCUUGGCGGAGCUUGCGGGGGCGGCGUCGGACGCCGGCGUCGGACUGGGUCUGUACCUCUCGCCGUGGGAUCGGCACGAGAAGUCGUACGGGAAGACCUUGGAGUAUAACGAGUACUAUCUGAGUCAAAUGACCGAGUUGUUGACAAGGUACGGAGAGAUCAAGGAAGUAUGGUUGGAUGGAGCAAAGGGAGAAGGUGAAAAGGACAUGCAGUAUUUCUUCGAGACAUGGUUCAGUUUGAUCCACCAGCUUCAGCCAAAAGCCGACAUCUUCUCCGACGCCGGUCCGGACGUCCGGUGGGUAGGAGACGAGGCCGGAGUCGCCGGCUCCACUUGCUGGUCACUCUUCAACCGCUCCAACGCCAAGAUCGGUGCCACCGAUCCUCUGUAUUCCAAGGAAGGAGAUUUCCAUGGACAAGACUGGGUACCUGCAGAAUGUGAUGUCUCGAUCCGACCAGGCUGGUUUUGGCAUGAAACGGAAUCUCCAAAGCCCGCAAUUCAGCUUCUGGAUAUAUACUACAACUCGGUGGGACGGAACUGUCUCUUGCUGCUCAAUGUCCCCCCGAACUCAUCCGGUCUGAUAUCUGAACAGGACAUCAAGGUUCUGCAGGAGUUCCAAGAACUCAGGAACUCGAUUUUCUCUAACAAUCUUGCUCGGAAGGCUUCUUUGGUUAACGCCAGCAGCACCCGUGGGGAUAAUUCAAGGUUUGGCUCUGGAAACGUGAUCGAAGAAGGAAUAGACAAGUACUGGGCACCGGAGGAGAAGCAAACAGAGUGGGAACUGUACUUAGAGUUUCGGGAUUCGGUUUCUUUCAACGUGUUGGAAGUUCAAGAACCGAUCCAGAUGGGGCAGAGGAUCGUGUCCUUCCAUCUCGAGGCACUUAACAAUGGAAUCCAUCGGUGGGAGAGAGUGGUGAACGGUACGACCGUCGGAUUCAAGAGGCUUCUGAGGUUUCCUAGGGUUCAAUCCCGGUUUCUGAAGCUUGUUGUGGACAAAGCUAGAGCCGACCCGCUUAUCUCAUACCUCGGAAUCUACAUGGAUAACGUCUCUGUUCCGAGCUUAAACACGGGUAAUGCAACAUCACAAGAUCACAUCGAGAUCAUUCAAAAAAACAAUUCUCGGGUAUUCACAGCAUAAGCUGCUGGUUGAUUGUGCAAGUGCUAAAACUAUGUCCUGAAACAAGAACGAGGAUAUGAUAUGUUGGGUAACAGAGGAAUCUCGUCUUAAUCUGAUACGCAGGUCUGGGUUUAUGAUCU